GGCAACCCAGGUGCAUCUGACCAUAUGUGUUUCGUGCCACUGUUUUGUUGAUCACCGCACAAAACUUCUUUACAUACGCUCAACAUACGCUUCGUUUCCAGCUGUACUGUAAACCCUGGCAUAUAACAGAUCCACUUCACCGCGCGUUUGAACAUGGACAGCGAAGUAGUGAGAAUCAAUCAUGGAUCAGACGUGUUUGUUGUCCGCGCAUGUUCCAAUGAUGACGGGGCGGACUUGUUGGCUAUCGCAGGCGAGCAUUCAGUGGAAGUCUUCUGUGUAAGCCCACUCAUCAAUGACAGGAUAGCGUCUUUUCAUAUUGGAAGACGCAUAACAGCUCUAGCGUGGUCGCCUCGAUCCAUUUCACCUAGUUCAAGUGAUGACUGGAUUAUCGAAAUUACUGCUGCCGCCUCAGACUUCAGCCUUCACCUGCUAACAAAGUCCUCAACAUCUUCCGAGAACAUGUUCGCGUUUGGCGGUGGUCUCAGCGGACAUCACGGCAGAGUCAAUGACAUGUGCUUUUGUGGCGGACGUGAUCAAGACAAUGCGAGAUAUGUCGCAACCGUGGCAGAUGACAAAAUGCUGAUGGUUUGGGAUCUACACCCGGCGCUGGACAUUUCUUCCGGAAUUCCUUCUCCAGAGAGGUCAAUGGGUACUGACGCGUCGUCGUCACCUCAUCCUCGCCCUCAGCCAACUGCAUAUGUUAUUUCGUUUCCCCAUCCCCUCGUUACUGUGAACUGCCACCAAUUCAGCAGCAAAGAAUUUCUGGUAUCAGACUGCCGAGGUUCUAUCUUCUUGACAGACUGGAGGUCUGAUCCGGAGCAAAGCGAGCAGGGGAGCUGGAGGCACUCUAGUGUUAUUGAGCUCGUUGAACCACACGCUUUGUCCAAGUCAUUUAUGGGCAUUUCAUCACAGUGGACAGGAUUUGCAGCUUGGCGUCAAGAUAACAUUGAUAUCGUAGGGGCAACUUACGGCUCCCGCUUUUCCAUAUGGGACUUGUCUAAGCCUCAGGGUGGAAAACCUUUACAAACUGGUAUCAGUUUUCCUGAAGGCGGUCACCAAUUCCGAUGGUGCCCAACGAAUCCGGAUUAUUUCGCUGUUGCGUCCCAGUGCCCAACCAAAGGAGCUAUCAUUCACGUUCAUGACAUGAAUUAUGUUCAUGCACAACCUCACGUUAUCAACAUCGCUCCCCGCCCUCAUCGCGUCAGGGAUUUUGAUUUUAUGGCUAGGAAGGAUAACCCAGCGCUUGCGGUUGCAUAUGGUGUAGAAGUCAUUGUUUUCCCCAUCGGCGUUGAGUGACAUUUUAAUGGAGAAUCAAUUAC